CCCAGCGGUCGUGUAAACGAGACGACCCGAGGCCACAAAGUCUUCAGCAGCAGCUGCCGCCGCCGCAGCAGCAGUGCCAACGACGAGGAUGCUCCCGAGGACUGUGUUCCGCACAUCGCGUGCUCGCAGCUUCAGUCAGUUCGGAAGCUCGAAGCCGCGCGGAGAUACCCUGGACCAGUGCUGCGUCUGUCGCCCCGUUUUGUGGUCAAUAAAAACAACAAAAAACCAACAACAACAAAAAACCAACAAUAAUUAUUAAGACAUGAAAUCGCUGCUGAGGACUCGUGGCCACGCAGUGAGCGAAAACCUAAAAUAAAGUUAAAGUUAGACCGAGACAAACCUCGCGUGAUGUCAAUUAGUGAUAAAAAUAACAGCAGCACAACCGCAGGAAGCGACAAAAAGUAUCUUUAACUGACGAAACCAACUGAACGGGCAAACUUCCGUUUCCGCCGGAGCUGUGCGCUUCAAUUUCAGUUGAAUGUUGUUAACUCUCGACAAAAACCAAAUUGACAAGCAAAAGACUAAACAACAAAAAAAGGACUUGCAGUGCAACUUUCGUUAUCGGUGCCGAAAAAUAAAAACUGCAUAAAUCAACGACAAGGCCAAAGGGGCAACAACAAUAACUGAAACGCUGCAAUUAAUUUGAUUCAAACAUUUGCAACGAAAGGCAACGCAAAAAUGGAUUACGGCUGGCUGCUGUUUCUGCUCAUCGCGCUUUUAAUUGAUCGUCCACUCGUUUCGGCGCUCUUCGUCACGGACAUAAGUGUGCCCGAAAUCGUGGACUUUCGCGACAAUGUGACGCUCUCCUGCAGCUAUGACAUGCGCGGACACACCCUAAACUCGGUCAAAUGGUACAAGGAUCACGAGGAGUUCUUUAGAUACUCUCCUUUGGCCAGUCCCAUCUACAUGACAUUUGGUGUGCCUGGGCUGCAAGUGCUCGAUGGCAAGUAUUUGUGCAACGAGUCCAGCUGCCGCUUGGACCUGAGUCUGCAGGGUGCUCGCUCCACGGGCCUGUACAAGUGCGAGGUCAGCGGCGAUGCACCGCACUUUAAGCUGGCGGACAGGGCCGACAACAUGACGGUGGCAGCGCUGCCCCAAAGCGAUCCGCUAAUCGAGAGCUUCAAUUCGAUGUACCGCAUGGAGGAGUUCCUGAGCGCCACAUGCUCCUCGGACUACUCCAGUUUGCCCACGCGGCUAACGUGGUACAUAAAUGGCGAGCAGCCCCUCCUCGGCGAACUGCAGCCCACCAUUGACACCAGCAUUCCAGCCCACGACUAUGUGCUGCGUCGCCAGCGGCUGCAGGUGCACUUUUAUCUGCAGGGCCAACGUUUCUAUCAGUCGGGCAAAAUUCUCGAGCUGAAGUGCGUGGCGGAAAUUGAGAAUUAUCCGGAGCUGAGGCGGGAAACAUCGCUCAGCGCUUCACUCUCGCAAUUCGAUAAUUUGAACAAUCAAAUGCUGAUACAUGCGGGCACAAAUUCUGGCGCCGCACAAAGGAGCUCCACGACAUCGCUAAUUUCCGGCUGCCUGAUGACACUUUUUCUCGCACUCGCACUGUGUCAUCGACGCCCCUCAUGAACGGGCUGCGGAGUGUUCGGGAACUGCGCAUUGCUCAGGGGCUGCGAGCCGCAGGGGGAGGCAACUAUAUCAUCACGUUAGUUAGUUAGUCAGACAGUCAGCUAGUCACCUAGUUAGUUAGUUAGUUAGGCUAAAACACACACAAAGGUAAGACCGUAACAAGAAACUAGUCAAUAGGCCACAGCUUUUGGGGUGUUGUGUAAAUACGUUUGAAAACAAAUUGUUAGAGAUGUGCCACAGAAAAUGAUUCACAAAUUGCAGGAAGAAACUUCAUUUCAUGUGAAUUCAAUUCAUUUAUUAAUUUAAGCAUUCAAAAGUGAUUUAUUUCCGAGUAUUUUGGUGUUCAAAGGUGCUGGAAAAUAUGCAACGGGGGUGACUUUUAUUCAAGUUUGAUUAGUUGAAAAAAACGCGAGAGUAAAACUUCAACCUGCCCUGUUUACCGUUCACCGAUACCGAUACCGAUACCGAUACUAUCCAAGCACAAUGUCGCAUCGAAUUUAUAUCGAAUGUUUUGUACAUAUAGCGUGUAACAUUUUUUCCUUCAUUCGUUGCUUGGCAAUCGGAAUGACAAACAGACACAGAGGCGUUUGCGUUUGCUAGUGCACAAAUUGAACACUUUUCGAGUACUAUAUUUAACCGCAGCCGCACACUGUUUGUCCGAUGGAAACACACAUAAAAAAUAAAUGCAUAUGAAACACAAUAAACAUAAAACAUAACAAAAAAGAAAUAGUCGUAUAAACACAAAAACGAAUUGAUAUUAAUGGGGGAAAUAACACGAGAUAUUUUAUCAGUGAGAAAAUACGAGUAUGUAUCGCGCCGAUGCUGUAAAAAUCAUUAUAAUUAAGUCUAGCAUAAUUUGUGCUGUAAAUACAAUUUUAAAACAUGCAAAACAAACGCCUAUAAAUCAUGUCACAAGAGCCAGACAGACAGAGAGACAGAGGGAAUACUACGACACAAAUACGUACAUGCAUGUGGCUGUAUGUUUAAAUGUUUAAUAAAACAAAUCACAGCAUAUAAUAGAGUAAGUACAGCAACUAAAUGCUAAAACACGGGUCGUUGUCCUCACCCGUGAGCAUAAAACAGCAAAAAAAAAAAAGGAAUGCAUACUCAGGCUACAUUUAAAACACACAAAAAGAAUCAAAUAAAAUAAAAUAAUUCAACAUAACUUGAUACACACUUGACACUUGAAUGAAAUGAAGCCUGAAUAAUAUUUUGAAAAUCACUUUUGUUCAUAAAUAUCCAAUUAAAAUAAAACUCCCAGAGUGUGCACAAAAUUAAAAUAAAACUCACAGAGUGUCUGUGCAGGGAAA